GCGGAAGGGUCACUACAUUCAUGGGUGGAUUCCUUAUUCAAAACAUUGCAUUAUUUUUGACUUGCUGCUCUUUUUGGUUUAUGCAAAAGCAACAGACAGAAGUAAAAUGUGGAUACUGACGCCCCAGCAGUCUGGAGCUGAGGCCCACUAUCUCCUCUCUGGUAAAGAGUAUGUGGUGGGCCGCAAGAAUUGUGACAUCCUUCUUCCAAGUGACCAGUCCAUCAGCAGGGUCCACGCUCAUAUAACUGCUGGCGACCAGACCUUGACUGUAAAAGAUGCCUCCAAGUACGGCACAUUUGUCAACAGCCAGCAGAUAACAGCACCGGUGAACCUGAACUCAGGGGAUUUGGUGACAUUUGGGGUUUUUCACAGCAAAUUCAGUGUGGUUCAUCUGCAGCCAGUGGUGUGUUCAUCGUGUUUGGACAACGAUGGCAAAGCAUCACUCUCUCAGGCCCUGUUAGCUUUGGGCGGAAAGCUGGUCAACAGCUGGUCUCAGGAUUGCACCCAUCUGGUUAUGUCUUCUGUUAAAGUCACCAUCAAGACCAUUUCUGCUCUGCUGUGCUGUCGUCCCAUCGUGAAGCCAGAGUUCUUCUUAGAGCUCAACAGAGCCGUUCAGCAGAAAUUACCACCCCCCAAAGCUGAGAGUUUUGUGCCUGAGAUCGAUGAGCCUAGCCUGAAUAAAGAGGAUGUUAACCUUGGAGCGAUUCCACUUCGCAAACAGCUUUUCACUGGAAGGACCUUUAUUUUUCUCAGUGCCAAACAGCUGAAGCGCCUUAAUGCAGCAGUGAGUUUGGGGGGUGGCAGGAGCCAUCUGCUGGAGGAGGGCUGCCUGCCCCGUGACCUGCUGGAGUCUCUGCAGAGCUGUGUGGUUGAUUUCACAACGGGCACCUCCCAAACUCUGCUUUCUCCCUCCUCCACAGAGUGGGCAAACUCUGUGAAGAGCAUCGUUCAAAGAAAAGGCCUUCGACUCAUCACAGAGUCUGAAAUCGGUCUGGCUGCCAUCUAUGCUUCCUGUGAAAAAUACUGCAAUCCUUCAAGCUCAGACUCAGACUCUGUAGCAAAAGUGACACCCAGAAUCCCAAGCGCGACGCUGUCACAGAGCGUUGCUGUGGAUGAGACCAUGUUACCUGCAGCAUCUCAGAACAUCACAGCGUAUGCAGUGAACACAGAGAUAUCACAGAGGAUGCAGGUUCGUGAGGUUGCCGGGGUGACGUCAGUAGGAGAAACACCCGAGAAGAAGCAAAACCCGAGCACGAGUCAGCUCCGUGGAUCCAAUCUGGUGGCUCAGAAGAUGACCACUCAGUGUGUUGUGGCUGAAACAAUGAGCUCACCGUUCACCAAAGUAGCAAACACAGAGUCACAGAAGAAGAAGUCUGACUCCAAACUAGCAGGUGAAGGCAGUUCUGAUAUUAGACCACCACCAGCCACUCCUAAGACUAACACUGGCAUGAGGACAUUCUCUCACAUGCAGCCUCCUCAGAAACCAAAAAUCUCUCUACAAGCUUCUCCACAGAAACAGUCAACUUUGACCAAUUUCUUUCAGUCAGUCAGCAAGAAAAGGCCUUUGGAGGACGAGCUCUCAGCUGUCAUGUCAGAGCCAAAGCGGCCUGUGCUAGAAUCACCCAUCACUGCUCGGGCACCAAAUAUCUCAACCACGUCUGAAGAAAGUGCCUCACUUCCACGCAGAGGCCUUGCAGCUGUGUCCCAGACUUCACUCAGGUCAGCAUCUGAUUUGUUCGUAGGACGGUCAGAGGCUCCCUCAGGGGACCCGCAGAAUAGAAAAAGGAAGGAGAUGGAAGAUGUGAUACAGAUGGAGGAACUGGAGUCCAUUAUGUCUGAAGAUAUGGACUGCUUUGAUGAGAAACCCUCCAUCAAUCAAGGUCAGCAAGCCAAGCUUGUGCACAGUUCAGCUAAACAGAAGCAAUUUUUAAAUCCUGUGGAGUCUUCAAGCAAGAGGCAACGAGUCCACCUAGAGGAAAAUGGGACAGCCAGUCAAAGGCCACAGGGCCCGGAGAAGGAGUCAAGUUUGCAUAAGAAUGGCCAGCGAUCUGAACAGUAUGGUGUCUGUAUUAAGACAGAGCCAAUUCACCCAACAGACUGCAUGACAACUAAUCAAGAGUCCACUAAACCAGCAGAAAUGUCAUCAGCCAGUACAAGUAAAAAUGUAAUUCCUUUUGAAGAAGAUGAUGUGUCCUUCAUUGAGGAUUUAGAACUACUCGAUGUAGAUAUUCCCCAGCACGAAGAGACUAAGAGUCCCCUAAAACCAGUUGUGAUCAAGCAGGAGGUCCAAGAGUCAAAGAGUGAUGAAGACCUUCUUAAGAAGCUGCUGUUGGUGGAGUUUAAAUCCCUCAUCGUGACAGCCCCUCCCAAAGCCAAGCAAAAUCAGACGCAGGACAACGGCUGCACAAAGAACUUCAAAUGUUUCCGCAAGAACCGUGUGCCAGGUUUGGAUGGCUUCCGGCACAUCAUCGGAGGAUCUGAUCUGCUAGUUCACAACCGGGGCACGAACUCUGAGCUGGAUGAAUGGCUGAAAGAUGCAGCUGAGGAGGAGCGACAGAGCAGGAAGGAUGAGACCAUAGGAGAUGAUCUCUUUAGGUACAACCCUACCAAACUAAGAAAGAGAAGAUGAAGAUGCCUUAAUUUUUGCAUCCUCCAGAGGGGAUUCAUUUCACAGGUACAGGAAGUAUGAAACUCUGGAAGUAAAAGAAGUAUGAGCCCCGUGUGGAAGGACUCCAGAAAUAACUUCAUGUAUCUCAUUAUGUGUGCAUUUCAGUUAUUGUUUUGCUGCUGUUCCUGUUCUGUCUGUAUGUGUCCCAUACUCUCCAACAAUUAAGCCACUGACAGCAAGCAAUGUAACCAAACAGUCAAAUGUUCAGAGAUUUUUCUUAGUUUUUAUUGGUCAAUAAUAAAAAACAUGGCAUACAAAACAUUAAAAACUCUUCAGUUGUACAAGAGAGCUUUAAAACUCUACAUGCUGAAAGCAGCUAUUCCUUCACUUUGAAGUUUAAGACCCAAUGUGUUCCCUGGUUUUAGCAGAACUACAGUAGAAACUCCAGAGGGAUUCAAGUGUUACCAUUUCUUAAACAAUCUCUAGAGAGCCGACCUCGCAGGCACUUUACCAGAUCUGAGACUGUUCAAAUAAAGAGUCAUCAUGCCAAGCAUCUUUUGGCCUUUCUGUGCAGAUAGCUAAAGCUCACCUGUCCCCCACAUAAUCACAAAGUGUGGCUUACAAGUUGAGAGUUAAUUUGGCAUUCAGCAUGAAUUGUGCAAUAACAGAAGUCUUCUUCUUUUUUUUUUUUUUUGUUUUUUUUUAAAUGGGCUACAGUUUGGCAAAAGUCAGGAGCCUGCCUUCAAGCACAAUUUGAAAUCACAUUAUUUUGCUUAAGUAUUUGCUACUUAAGUUACCUUUUGGAAUCUGUACAAGUCUCAACAGAAAAUAGAAAUAAGCUCCUUGCUUUACUAGCUGUGGACAGGUAUGUCUCACCUUGAUGUAAAAGACUCAUAUUUCUGUCUUU